AUGCUGCCUUCUUUUAACGACCUGGCACCGCCGCCACUUAAUUAUGAUGCUACAGCCCACUCUCGUGCAUCAUCCGAUCAUUAUGCUCCCAGUGUUGCAGCUUCCACUAACAAUGUGUCAUUCAAUGACGGCCUGUCCGCACACAAUGCUCCUGACACUCCUUUGAAACCGACCUCAAACCAUUACGAGGUCCAAGAUGCGGCCAACGACAAUCCUUAUAUUUAUGACGCCGAUACCUUUCUCAACCGGGCCGCCAGCAAAUUGCGCAUCAAGUCCGCCUUUCACUGGGUCGAUCCGAAAUUCUUUCACGAGCGGGCGUGGUUUGGCUGGGGUAUUCCGCAUUCUUAUCAACUUCCGGGACAUUACUACAAACCGGUAAGUGGCAAACCGAUCGACGUUUGGAAGCACCGCGAUGUAUUUCGACGGAAGCACGCCGGCUUGAAUGACGACCGCUAUCUUGACCCGCUUGAUGGAAGAGUAGAGAAAUUAUUUGUCCAAACUAUCAGUGAGCUCUACGACACUGACAACGACACCACUUGGCGGAGAACGUAUAUCGAAAACGUCAGCCCGUGGAUAAUCCGCCUGGCCUAUUGGCCAUAUUCUCAUAUGCCUGAUCCAAACCGACCAUACUCGUUGGAUUAUGCAGUUCACAGAACGUCCCCCUCCGGCAUUCGCGCGUGGAAGCAAGAACAAUGGGUUCAUGUUGGUGUACGGUGGCUCCCUGCCUGCUUCGGCCUGCUCCUCCUCAUGAGCUACCCAACCGAUAUAGAGGGUCAGGUCCGCAACCACGGCAAUUACGAUCCUGUGCCUUACCGAUACUGGUCUUAUCCAGUUACGGCGCGCAAUUUCCGUGAGAAUCUGGGCGAGAAGCUGAAUUCCCAUUUCAUAAGCUCAACCAAGGACUUCAGACUGUCUGAUCGAUGCCUCAGACCUCGACUGCUCUGUUUUUUGGAUGCGCAAACAGACGACAAUCCCAGAGGACUCGUUGAUCCGCAGACGUGGAUGGACGCCCACGGCGGCGGUGUCGAGCCAACCUACAUCUUUGUCUCUUACACUGCUGAGAAACAAUUUGAACGGCGGUGUCGUGACGCGAGGAGGGACAUUCAAGGAACUGGAUCCUCUAGCUGUGCCUGUGAUGCAUGCCGCUACGCCGCCGCCGAUGCAGAGGCACUGCACGCGAUAGCCUAUCAGGCAGCCCGCAACGCCGGGGUCGCGGCAUAUUGGACAGACCAAUGCUGCAUGUCCACUGACAAGGACGAACUGCAGGAUGACGUGUACCGAAUCAGCGAUGUGACCCGCGGAGCUGCGAAGAUCGUCGUGGUCGUAGGCCGUUCGGGGCGGAACCAUCUUCCCCACGGAGUCACCACGCUUGACCUUCUCAAAGAAUGGGGCACCAGGAUGUGGACAUGGCCAGAAGUUCUGCUCGGCCCGGUAGGAGAAAGGAUCCAGGUCUACACACGCGGAGGCGAUAUAAAUGCGCCGCUUGAGAUCUCGAAGAUGGAGUUCCCCGCGCAAGUGUGGGACGACGGUGAAGUCGCGAGGCAGCUGAUCGACAAUUACGAGGGUACUCUGACGUUGAGUCGGCUCGAGCUCGUCAUCAUGGCGCUUGAAUGUCUCAAAACCCGCGUCGAGAAGGGAACGACCAAGUAUCUCGACGGCGACCUCUCGUACGCCCUGAUGGGAUUGCUGAGACAGCGGCCCAAAGUUGACCCUACCGACUCUGCUUUUCAAGCGUUCGCACGGCUUUCCCUCGCGAACGACAGCGAUCAGCUGCUGGAGCGAAUGAUAUGCCUCCUUCCUGUUGAGGAGCUCAACGACACUCGGCUCGAUGCUACCUCCCACCGGGACUUGAAUGGCCCUCAAGACAACCGUCAGAGACACUACUGGGCCAACAUGAACGACUACUGGGGCGCCAAACUGUGGGACAUUGAGCCCACGUGCCAAGUCGCGGGGAUCGGCCACGAUGACACUGUCAUACUAGACGGCGCCCACGCCGCGACCAUCCACUGGGAUCGAUUCCGCCGCGUCGCCAUUACGACCCGUGAAACCUGGUCCCGGACCCUGGCUCGGUACUUCGUGCGAGGCACGCCGGCGUGGUUCUUCACCGGCGUGUUGACUCUCUCGCUCGCGGCUGGCAGUUCCUCCACAACGGGCAUUGGAGCGUUGCUCCUCGUCGUUGCACUUCUCACCGUCCUCCUCUCGCCAAUGCUCAUCCUGCAUAUCUACGGCGGGAAAGUCUGGAACACGCAGCCGUGGCUCUUCGGCUUCGAAGGACACAUGUCCCUGCGGAAGAUCGAGAUGAAGAUCUUUGGGUUCCCCUCGGAACGUCUUUCGUGGGCCCCCUACGCGAGUAACAUGUCCCACCACCGAGUUAAUACCGAAUUUCUGGCCGACGAGUGCGAAGGGACGGAUCCACUGCUUGCGAACGAAAGCGAGCCCGAGGUGAUGGUUUCGCGAUCAGGAGCCAAGCUGAGGCUGUUCACACUCGUUGAUACAAAUACUAUGUAUGACCUGCUCGUCCAGCUUCGUCAUGCAUGA